GCCCGGCGCGCGCCGCGGCGGCGUGCGGCGUGGGGCGCGCGGGAUGCGGGCGCUGGGGUCGCGGGCGCUGCGGGCCGGGCUGGCGCUGCUGGGCCUGGCGCUGCUGGCCCAGGGGCUGCGGAGCUGGGUCGCCUCCCGCCCCUUCGAGUUCCGGCCCGAGGAGAUCGCGGAGCUCGGCCGGCGCCACGCGGGGUUGGACCAUGAGCAGGCCUUCUCCAAGAUCAUUGUGGAGCUGCGGAAGAAGCACCCAGGCCACAUCCUGCCGGACGAGGACCUGCAGUGGCUCUUUGUCAACGCGGGCGGGUGGAUGGGCUCCAUGUGCCUGCUCCAUGCCUCGCUCACUGAGUACGUGCUGCUCUUCGGGACGGCCAUCGACACCGGGGGGCACUCAGGUCGGUACUGGGCUGACAUUUACUACGCCAUCAUCUUAGGGACCUUCAGGCAGUGGAAGGAGGGGACGACCAGAAGUGAAAUCUAUUACCCAGGGGACACCAUAGUGCAGAAAUCCGGAGAGGCCACGGCUGUCCAGUGGAGCGCCGGCACCUGGAUGGUGGAGUACGGCCGAGGCUUCAUCCCCCCCUCGCUCAUGUUUGUGUUGAGCGACACCAUUUUCAGCACUCAGGACGUCGUCACCCUGUUCCGCACCCUCCGGGUUUGUGCCAAAGCCUUCCUUCUGGAAGCCAGUGCCUACUUCAGCCAGCUGGCCCAGUGAGACUACCCUCUCCAAGCACAACACAACCUCAAAGGAAGGGGUUCCCCCUUUCCCAUCCCCCACCAACUCCUGCAGAUUGUACCAGAAAGGCAAUGGGCAGGAGCACUUCUGCCCCCAAGCGCAGGCGUGCCAGGUAGGCUGAACGUUCACUGUCUUGUCCGCCUGCCGCAGCGAGCACUCAGCUGUGGGAGGAACAGGCAAUAACGGAUAAUGGAUACACCUAGAUCACUAUUUUUUUAAUGUCCAAAUGUUCCUCUAUAUUUCUGUAACUAGACUACAGCAACUGAGCUGCCACCCCCGUCUGUGUGUGUCCGUCCCCUCUGCAGCAGGCAACCCUAGCCUGUGUGUGCGUGAGAGAAACCCGGGGCUCUGCAGCCAGCUAGCCACCCUCUGUUGCCUUUUGUUGCUGUCUCUCUUGCCCUCUGAAAGCUGGGGACCUAUGAAAAACCAAUCAGGGGGACAGGGAUGUGUGAUAUGGAUCAUCGUGUACAUACACAUUCUGCACAUGAUAGAAACCAUUCCCAGCAGGUGUAUAUCUAGCAUAGGGCCAACUGCUGAGCUCACUCAUCCCCAGAUGAACCUGGAGUAACUGCAGUGGAGUAAAUGGGGUUCAGCUAGUUACUGAAGACUGUGGGGCAGGAAAGCAGCUGUUCCAAAUCUGUGGGCUGCUUUCCCCAUAGGGCCUUACAGCUGUUACCUCUGGAGAAAUUCCGCACCACUGCGCAUGCGCAGAAAUACUGUCUCUCCGCAGCUUCUCUUUGCUUGGCAGCAGAACAAUGGUUUCUGUGGGGAAGCAAAGAGAAGCUGCACCAGUGCUCACUCACCCCUCCCCAGCAGGUGGACGCAUGUGUUCAGGCACCCAAAGCAGCCAGGGGAGAGGUAAGUCACCACGGGGGGAGGGCAAGGGGGAGUCUGGGGAUGCCCUGGCCACACAUGGACAUUAGUCCUGGGCAGGGGAGGGAGGAGGAAAAAUCAAAUCAAAAGCAGCCUUUUAAGCUUUUUUUUUUCCCUGCAAUGUGCUCAUGGCAGAGAAGAGGAUUGCAUGACCAAGAGUCAAUCAUGCUCUCCGUCGGAAAAUUAAAAAAAAAAAAAAAAAAAAAAAGGGAGCCCCACCUCCGGGAAAGCCCCAAAACAAGCAGCAAGCAAAAUAGACACAAUAGCCUAAUAGAACAAUUACACGAAGAAAGAAGCCAAAAUCUGCUUACUGUGAACAGGCUUGGCAAUGGGAGGUGAGGCUUAGGGGAGGGGGUCCAGCUUUGUGGGAGUUGAGCAGAUGGGAAGCAGCUCCCUAUACAGUGACCCUCCCCCCACUUACUGGCCCCAUCGCUUCUCAGUCACGGGGAGAGAGGUCAUUAUAGGGGGAGCUCCUCUCUCUGACUGCCUAACCCCCCUUGUAUCUGGACCCCCUGCCAAGCCUCACCCCCCCCUGCAUCAGGAGCUCACCCACACCCCCAGAGCUCACCCCCUGCAUCAGGACUCCGCACAGCUAGACCCCCAACCCCACUGAUCUCAACCAGGUGCAUCCUGACCCACACACUACCAUGCCCCCAGCACCCAGAUUUCCCCCUGCUCCCUCCCCGCUGAGCCCUAACCACCUUCACCUGGACUCCCCUAGAGAGUGCUAUUCCCCCUGCACCCAGAACCCCCCAGUGACUUGCUGUGUAUCCAGAUCCUCCCCCUUUUUCCCCCCACCAAGCUACCCGCACUGAGAUUGCACCACACAGAACCCUGCUGCUCUUGAGGGAAUUCUGCACCAAAAAAGUAAAAAAAUUUAUAUUCUGCAUAUUUUAUUUGUCAAAAUAACUGCUGCUGAGGGAAUUCUGCACCACUGCGGAUGCGCAGAAACAUCCCCUGGCCGAUUCUCUUUGCUUCCUGCCGAAAAAUGGUUACUGUGGGGAAGCAAAGAGCAGCUGCACCAGUGCUCGCUCACCCCUCCCCAGCAAUGUGGACGCCUCUGUUUGGGCAGCUGGGAGAGAGGUAAGUCACCCCUUGGGAGGUGGUCUGGGGUGCCCUGGCUUCCCAGGGACAUUAGUCCUGGGUGGACAGGGGAGAGGAGGAGGAUGACCACAGAGUCCAAGCUCCCACUUCCUCUCCCCUACAUAGAGCAGCCUGGGCUGGGUCAGAAACCUCCCCCGGCUGCAGGAAGCUCUGCACAGUGGGGUGGGGUGGGGUCUGGGUGCAGGGGGUGAGGUUCAGUGGGUUGGGGGUCUGGGUGCAGGGGGGUCUGGACAUAAGUCCUGACUUUUAUCUGCCUUUGAUCUGCCUCUUUCUGCCCCACUCCAUCCUGUCCCCGAGGCCCCCACCCACCCAGCGCUCACUGCUCUCUGCCCUCCCCGAGCUGCCAAUUAUUUUCUGACAAGUAUUUUGAAAUAAAUUAUCAAAAUAAUUGAGAAUGGUGUGAUUAUGUUGUGUUCUUUUCACAAAUAAAACAUGCAGAGUUUUGCAGAAUUUUAAAAUGUUUAGUGCAGGAGUUUUAUUUUUUUGCCACGGAAUUCUCUCAGGAGUAUUUUACAAGCCCUUAGUCUCAUACUACAAAAGUGUAGCCCCAGCAUGCAAUGCAAGCAAUCUAGGCUGGGGUGUUGUAUGCUGGUGCCUGGCUGUUACAUCUGAAACGGCUUCCUGUUGUAAAACUGUCCAGGGCCCAAAUGCUGGUUACUUGCUUUUGGCAGCCACAUUUGCAGCCUCUUUAGCCCUUCUUCAGUAAUGUCUGUUUCCAAACGAGCAUCACCAUGAGAGCCAGCCAGCUCCAGAGCAUGUGUCUCGUUCCUGGUCCUUGGACUGUAGAGUGACCAGAUGUCCUGAUUUUAUAGGGACAGUCCUGAUAUUCCGGGCUUUUUCUUAUAUAGGCGCCUAUUACCCUCUACCCCCGUCCUGAUUUUUCACACUUUCUAUCUGGUCACCCUGUUGGACUGUCAUUGUGGCUUGGUACAUGUAUGGCCUGGAAUCGGUCACUUAUUUUUAUCAGUGUCAAGAAUAAACAUGCUCAUCUGGC